AUGAGCAAAACAACACUUCUCGUUUUCUCCGUUGCUGUUUCUCUUGUGGCUAUUGUUUUGGGUGCAACUAGUACCACCACAGGUUCCCCACCACCCUUGAAUUCGACUGGAUUCCCUGGAAAUUUCAGUGGUGGAUUUGGUCAAGGACAAGGUGAGGCUUGAAAGAAAAUUAUGAUGAUUUUGAAAUUAUUUUAGGUGAUGAUUAUUAUGAUGAUGGAAAUCAAGGAUCUGGACAACAAGGUUGGUUGAAAUUAGGAAAAUUAUUUUUUGAAAUGGAGAAGUUGUUAACAUAAAUUGUUCACUGCCUCUUAAUUCAUCAGAAUUGAAUCUAAAUUUCAGAAAAAACUAAUUUUUUAAAUUUUUAGGCUUUGGAGGACAACAAAGUGGAAAUCAAGGAUCAGGAAAUAGUCAACAAGGUGAGUGAAAUUUUUUUUGAAUAAGUCUGAACUUUCGAAAAUAUACAACAUACUUUUAUUUUAGGAGGUAGCCAAGGUGGAUUUGGUGGAAACCAACAAAGUGGACAACAGGGUGGAAAUCAAGGAUCAGGAAAUAAUCAACAAGGUUUGUCAUUCUUGAAAAAAUUUUUUUAAAAUUUCAAACCGCUGUUUUAGGAGGCUUCGGAGGUCAACAAGGUGGAAAUCAACAAGGUAAUAACUUUUCUGAAUUGUUCCAAAUCGAUCUGAUUCAUUUCAGGUGGAUUCGGAGGUCAACAAGGAGGUAGCCAAGGUGGAAAUCAAGGAGGUUUCGGUGGAAACUCACAACAACAACAAGGUGGAAAUCAAGGUGGAUUCGGAGGUCAACAACAACAAGGCAAAUUUUUCUUCUCCAGUUUUCUGACAUAACAUUCAAAAAUUUUCAGGAGGAUUUGGAGGUCGAGGAAACUUUGGAGGAAACCAACAAGGAGGUUUCGGAGGACAACAACAAGGUAGAUAACCUUUUCUAAACUUCAUUCAAAAUUUUAUGAAUAUUCAGGUGGUUUCGGAGGCCAAGGAAACUUCGGAGGUAAUCAACAAGGAGGCAAUCAAGGUGGAUUCGGAGGACAACAACAAGGUAACCUUUUUUAAUUUUUAAAACAUUAGGUUUUAAAAUCAAAUGAUACUGUCCUAACUUUUUAUCAACUUUCAAAUUAUAAAUUUUCAGGAGGAUUUGGAGGUCAGCAAGGAAACUUCGGAGGUAAUCAACAAGGUGGAUUCGGUGGAAACCAACAACAAGGUAUAAAAUUCUGAAAUUGUGUCAAACAAUCUUGAGUUUUAGGAGGUUUUGGAGGUCAACAAGGAGGAAACCAAGGAGGAUUCGGAGGUCAACAACAAGGUGAGAUUUUUCUGGAAUUUCAGAGUUCUGGGUGCUAAGUUUUAUUCGAAAAGAAAGGAUCAUACACUUUUCAAAAAUAUUGAAUUUUUCUGAACUUCUCAAAAAUAAUGAAAUUUUAAGGAGGCUUCGGUGGAAACCAACAAGGAGGAUUCGGAGGAAUGCAACAAGGUGGAAAUCAAGGAGGAUUUGGUGGACAACAACAACAGCAAGGUGAAUAAGUUUAUCUUACUUUGCCACGUGGAAUUCAAAAAUUUUAGGAGGUUUCGGAGGUCAACAAGGUGGAUUUGGUGGAAAUCAACAACAAGGAAACCAAGGAGGAUUUGGAGGUCAACAACAACAACAACAACAAGGUUUCUGAUUUUUUUUUUGAAUCUCAACAGAAACUUUUCAUGUUUUUCGAAAAUAAUACAAAUGCAUCAUUCUGAAACCUUUUCAGUCAUUCAGGUUCUCAUGAAAACACAGAGAGAGAGAGAUCCACAUUCUUAAAAUUCUUCAUUUGACCUGGAAAUCUUGUUUGAGAAAUUUCAAGCUCAAAAAAGUGUUUUCAGGAGGCUUCGGCGGCCAACAAGGAAAUCAACAAAGUGGAUUUGGAGGAAACCAACAACAACAAGGUAGGAAAUUUUUCCUUUCAAAAACAAAACUAAAAAUCGAAAUUUUAGGUGGAAAUCAACAACAGCAAGGAAACUCUGGAAAUCAACAAGGUGAGAAACUUUGAAGCUCCGAAUUCAAAAAUCUGAAAGUAUUUUCAGGUCAACAAGGAAACUCUGGAAGACAGGGUAAAUAUCAAGGAGGAAACCAACGUCAAGGUCAACAAGGACAAAACAAUCAGAACCAAAAUGGACGUCAAGGAAAUCAACAACAAAUUGGAAGACAAAAUGGGCAGAAUGGACAGAACAACCAACAAAAUGGAAACCAAAACCAACAAGGAGGAAACUAG